AACUGAGAAAAAGUUUAUAAAAUUACAAAUAUUUUAAGUAAAGAUUGAGGCUUUGAAGGAUCUUUCUCUAGCUUUAUAAGUUUUACUUCUACUUUUACGUUAUAAUAAAGACGAGAGAGUGAAAGAAAGAAAGAGAGCGAGAGAGAGGGAGAGAGAGAGAGAGAGAGAGAGAGAGAGAAGGGGGUGCAGACAGAGCUCACAUACUCCUGUUAAGUUUACUCCCCCCACUUUCUCGCCUUUAGUCUGCAGAAAUCCACUUCACAGGGACUCUGGGGUACUUUAACUUUGCAAAAAUGAGACUCUGGACCUUUCUUCUGUUUUGCGGAUUUGUAUUUUGUGAACUUUUCUUUCUGACAAACUGUGCAGAGCAGCGGAUCCGAGAAGGUAAGCCUGCCCUGGACUGACACUCUGUCUGGAACCUGCUUUAGUCCACAGACACACAGACUCCGUGUUGUUUCCACAUGCUGUAGAAAAUAAUAAUGGCGUUAGAGCCAGUCUGGAGUAUUUUGGGCUGGGGGAGACUCCCCGGCUGACUCAGACCCUCUCUCUCUCGGUGACAUGGCCGAGCCUGUGGAACAUUCCAGCAGAGUUUGCAGUGAAUAAACCUACAGCCGCUCAGUUAUGUGGUGACUACAAUCACAGACUCAGAGAAAAACUGAGAUUUGGGGACACACGCGUCCUCAUGAAGCAGUGUGAGCAUGGUUAAAUCAGUUACACAUUAAGCUCUCUGUUUGUAUGUCUCUUUCUGGUUAAAAAAUAAGUGUCAGGACGAAAACAAGCGGAUUUUUACAGUAAAUUCGCUCCACAGUAUUGAGAGGAAGCUGCAGGCUGCUCGGUGUUGAGGAGGACCUCCAUGCCGCUGACGUGGACGGCUGUCAGCUCAACAAUAUUUAUUUAUAUAUCAAUAUAUUCACAUAUGUUAUAUAGAUUAAAGUGACUCAGUCCUGGUUAAGGCUGCAUUUACAAUAGUGUUGUUGGGACAGUAAAGAUAAGGUAAUGGGAACAGUAUUAGACGAAAAAAUGUACUCUAGGUCUUAUUGUCUUGGCAGAGGUUUAUUGAAUCACUUACAUUUAACUUCAGUGUUUAUUUUCAACAUUUAUGUAAGCCUCUUUAUGUAUAAGACAGCACUCUUAAGUGAAUUUGCAGAUUUACCAUACAAAUACAAGCAUUGCAGUAAAUAUAUAGAUAAAAAAUGUAUAUAAUUCAAUGAAUAAAAAUAACCAAUUUCAACAAACUGCUUCCAUUAACACAUUUGACACACUUUUUAUGUUGAGUCAUGGAGAGGCUUUAUCUUGUAGCAGAGCAUGUCUGCACUGUGAUAUCCACACCUUCCACAGAUGUGUAGCUCUAUUUACACUGUUUAACCUCACUGUACAAUCUUAUAAAUCGUACACAGCUUUUUUUGGUCUGUGGUGUUUUUGAAUGGAAAAAAAAGAAAGAUCGUUCAGGUUUUGUAAAAAAUAGAAACUGUUUCCACUGCAGACUCCUCCAGGAAUGUUCCAGAAGUAAAUACAGGUAGCUUGAACUGGUACAGACUAAAGAAAAAAGACUACUAUGAGGCAAAAAUUAUAUUUAUGGUGGAAAUAAGAUUUAUUUUUAAGUCAACUUUAAAUGUACUGCAUUUAAAAACAAGCAGGGUUGAGAUCUUAUCCUCAAAAGUAAAGCUCUAGAGAAAGGAUAGGUCUUUAUGACAAUUUCAAACAUCCAGGAGUGGAGGCAGAUCUUUGCUGAACCAGUCAGCUAUCCCACAGAUUAGGGUCUGGUGCUGCAGAGGCUUGUCCCCCCUUGUUUUCAGAGUUUGGGGCACAUCCAGGAGCAGCUGAGUGACCUCAGAACUCUAGCUGGAGUGAAAACAUGGAGAAGUUCAUCCAGGAAAAAGGCGCCAGUCCACCAGCAAAACUUUUUAUUUGAUCCUGUAAUGGAUGGGAAGACGGUGGAGAGACCAUCUUUAUGUUGCAGUCAAGAGACAAAUUGCUGCUUUUUGAAUGAGCUGGAGGCACUGAAUUUUGAAUUUUGAUUGAGUCAGGAACAACAGAAAUCAAGACGAAAUGUUUUAUUCCUCUUCAAACUUUGGGUGAGAGAUACCUUAGCAAUAAGUUUAAGAUUGAGAGAAGCUGGGCCUCAAAGAAAAAAUCUUCCCAUCAAAUCUAGAAAAACAUGGUCAAAAUAAACACUGAGGCUUUUGGCAGAAGAGGGGAUACUCGUGGUUAAAGGGUCAAAAGUGCUUACAUCAAACCUUUCAGAUUGUCCAAGCUUAGUGACCUUGGUCUUUUUCCCUUUGAGGCUGAAGAAAUUCAGACUUAUCUAUGAGUAAGUGUCACUUUUUAAUUUCAGAGCUCAGUUUAUGUACUUGAUUUUGGCAAAAAUAUGAAAUAAGCUGCCAUAAUUUUGAAAAACAGAUCCCAGGGGCUGCAUAGAGAAAAUAGGAUCAGGCCCUAAACAGACCCUUGAGGUACACCAAGAGUGAAAGUGUCUGUUUGACAGAAAUAAUUUCCUGGGGGGACUGUCUGUCUGUCUGUCUGUCUGUCAAGUAGGAUUGCAAACACCUGCAGCACCAUUCAACAACUUACUUAAGGCGACAAGAGGAUCAUGUUUCAUGAAAAGUUGCAAUGAACAAACUACAGUCAGAUCAGAUCAAUGAAAUCAUCUGAAACUUUCAGUGAUAAUUGGAUCCAGAGCAUGAAGGUGAUUUUGUUAUAUCUGAUCUAACGGUUUUAUCAAAGUAAAGUAAUAUAUGAUAUAAUUAUAUUGCAAUACAUUUAAGAAUAUAUUUAAAGUAAUUCCAAAAUCUGUGUUUUUCCCAAGAUAGUAGAUGGUAAGUCAUUUUUCUGUUUAAUAUCCAGUAAAACCUGUGAACCAGACAUCCAUUUGAUGGUAGUUUUAGGGUGAGGACAUACUCCAAAUGGCAACAACAUUUAACAGGGAACAUUUAACAAAAAAGGGAGGACUCACAUGCAGAACUAAGAAAUGAUUUAUUAAAUAAAAGAGAAACAACAAAAAUCUUACUUAAAAAGAAAAUGUCCAAACAUCCAAAUCCAAAUAUCCAAAAACAUAGAGCAAAAUUCAAAGAAACAAAAAGGCACUGGGGAAAAAAAACACACAAGGAAAGGAGAUCAACUGGGAAAAGACACAUACAUUGAUACUGAUACUGAUAUACACAAGACACAGGUGAAAUUUAUGGGUGAUAAACAAAGGAAGGAAAACUUUGGCGGUAAAACCAGACUAGAAACACAAAGAAUCAACUACAACAGAAUAAAACAGGAACUAGACACUGGAAACUGAUCUAACAAAUAAAACACGGAGAACAGAAGGGAAACGGGGUCAAACACAAACUGAAAACUCACAAAACAGGAUCACAGGGGAAAAGGAACAAUAGGGAACAGAAACACAAAGGAAAAUACACAGAAAAAUAGAUCUAAAUAACAAAACUGAGAGAAACUAAAACAACAAGAAUCAAUCAUGAAUACGUCUAAAUAAUAAAACUGAGAAAAACUAACACAACAAGAACCAAUCAUGACAGUGUGCAACCCAAUGCUUUAACUAAUAGCACUUAUGAAACUAAUAAAUGACCCAGGAACACCUCUGACACGUCCUACAGUGUGUAUUCAGUUCAGUGACACUUGCUGUAUUCCCACCUGUGAAACUCACCUUCAAAUUUUAAACAAUAAGACCUUCUUUUUUACUCAACCAUGCAGCAUUUUCAUUUCUUUCAUGCCUGUGUUCAGUCACAUUUUAUGAUCCUGAAGCUCCCACUUUCUAGUUCAUGUCUGCAUGGUUACUGUAUGGUGCACAUUCAAACCAUCCAUCACAGAUACUGUCAGUUUGAGGUUGUUUCAAGCCUGAGGCUGUAAGAAAAGAAAAAGUUUCCACAUACAGUGUCAUGUCUCCUGAAUUCCUCUCUGAUUUCUGUCCUCCAGACAAACUUCUCGUCCUGACUGUAGCAACCAAAGAGACGGAUGGCUUCAGGCGAUUCCUGAGGUCAGCCAAACAUUUCAACUACACUCUGAAGGUAAGAGUCCGGAGGCUAGAUCCUCCCCGCUGUCUAGCCAUGAAAGUGUCUCAUCUGCCAUUACAAAGACAAAAAUGAAUCCUGUUUUUGGUCAAAGAUCUGUGAAAGCCCAAUUUCUGUAUAAAAAUAAGUAAGGAGUUGGGCUAGAUGUAAAAAAAGAGGCCUAAAAUGUUAGCAGGUAAAAAUGAUGAGAUAAAAGUCAAAGCAAUGAGGUAAAAGUCAAAUAAUGAGGGAGAGAGUCAGAGAAAUUUGAUUAAACAAUGUCGACAUUAUGAGAUUGAAACUGAAAAUGAUAAGAUAAUGGGGGGCGGAAGGAGUCAAAACUAAAAGUUACAGUCGAAAUAAUGAGAUAAAAGAGUCAAAAUUAUGAAAAAGUUGGUUAUUAAUGUAAGCCAAAAACCAUCGACAGAGAGCAGAAGUUAUAAAAAACAAUACUGGAACAAUUUUGAGAUUCAGUGACUGUGUAGAAGUCUUUUAUAUCUUGUAAGUAUGACUUUUAUCCCAAAAAUGAAGACUUUAAUGAAGACUUCCAUUUUCAGCUGAGUCAUAGUUGUUUUUUUUUUGUAUGAGUGGAAAUUACAGAUUUGACCCUUAGCAUGACAGUCGACGUUUAAAAAUCCUUAACUUUCCCCACAGUGUUAAUACUUUUAACCAUUUUAACGUCUUGCAUUGAAACUGGUAUUUAAAUGAGUUCACACACCUCUUUGGUUGACCCCCACUGUUUGUAGAUGUGCUUUAUUUUAGAUUUCAGGAGGAAUAUCUAUGAAUGACUUGCUUUAAAUAGAUUUUAUUGUGCUUUUAGGUCCUUGGUCGGGGUGAGAAAUGGCAGGGAGGCGACUACAUGUCGGCUCCAGGUGGAGGUCAGAAAGUUCGACUCCUGAAAGCAGCUCUGGAGGAGAUGAAGACUGAGGACAAAAUCAUCCUUUUUAUUGACAGGUAGAGUUUGCACCACACCUGUCAGGAGAGGAGGAGGGAAUUACCACCAUGGAAUCUUUCCAAACACAGCAGAUGUGUUUUUAUCUUCCAGGCGGUUAUUGUUUCCUUGUAUACAUUUUGCAUGAACUUGUCUGCUGCUAUUGUUGUUGUCAGUGAUCCUGUGGUGUGGUCACGCUCAUGUCUCUGCAGGUUGAGUCUGUACGUCUUUGCAGGAUUAACUCUGCAAUUUGUACUGCCUCCUCCUAACUAAUUGCGAUGAAACUCACAGAGCUUUGUUUUUCCCUCUGGUUUUUCUUGAGAAGGGGAAAAAAACGCUGUCAGAAAUGAAAUGAUCUCUCGAAUUAUCUUUUAUUUCUUCACUUGUGGUCCCCUCGUCUUUAAGUUGCUGGAUGUUUGUCUGAGUGAGUUUUCGGUCACAUACCUGAAAGAAAGUCUGAGCUUCAGACAUUUUUCAUGUUAUGUUGUGGGACAAAAAUUAUGCUAGUGAGCGGUGAGUUUAGAAGUUUUUAAACUUGUUAAAAGGCAGAUGCUGACGAGUGUCUGAAGCCGAACAAAGACAAGAAUGAAGCUGAGAAGUAGAAGGUAUGAAGUUAAGGAGUGUCUGCAGUGAAAUGAGAAAGUCGUUUCCAUGACACUUUUUUUACACUGCUUAAAGUAGUUCUGUUUUGGUCAACUUCAUGUGAGCCCAGGAGAUGGUCCUCUUUUAUGGAGACCACCAUAUUUCUAUAGCAGCACAAAAAGGACAAUCUAGUAACCUUAAGGGUUUAGUAGUUUAAAUUAGUAGUUGCACACAUUGCAAGAAGAAUAAGCAAAGAAGAGAGAGGCUGUUGUUAUGUAUGAAAAAAGUUUGCACUGAUUGUCCUUUUUGAUUGUAAAACUUGAUAAAUAGAGGAUCCUUAACAUCAUGCAUCAUUAAUAAGAGUUUUUAUGUCCUUGAAAGCCACCAUAACUUCACCAAUGUGAGGGGUGAGCAAGGUAGCAUUAAUCUAGAACCUGAUAGACAGUUAUUUCUUUAUAUUUCUACACACCCUGCCUUUAAGUCAUGAUGGAAACUAGAGGUAAUGUUGUGCAAAAGCUUUGCAAAUUGAUCAAAGGAGAUAUGCAUAUAUUGUACAUUUAUAAAGUUUGUUUUUGGUCUGUGUGAGGAUGUUUUCUAGUUUGGUAAUUUCUGCACAGCCACUAAAACCAAGACUGUUGAUCUGUCUGUGAUAAUAUGAUUGUUAUCAACAUCUGUGCAAAAAAAAAAAAAAUCUUUUUAAUUCCCAGAAAUGAGACAUGAGUUGCAUCCAUCCAUCUACGUAGCAGCAUAAUCUCAAAUUAAACCAUAGAAAAUAGAAUAUUUGUUAUUUCUUUUUCUUAUUCCAUGGUUAUAUUUAUUUUUCACUCUUUUCAAGUAGUUCAGAUCCUUUUUUGGUGAAUGCUGUUUUGAAAGGAAAUAUUUCUCUGGACUUGUCAGCUCCAUUUAGGCCAAAUCAAAACAUAGAAGACAUUCCUUUUUUUUAUUUACAAGAAAUAAGAUAAAAACACUCAAAAGAUUUGAAUUUCUGUGUUUUUCUAUGAGAUUGAGCUGCUGCACAGCUGGGACACAUUGCUGUACUAUCUAACUGCACGCUUAAAGGUGAUGGAAAUAUUAAAGAUUGAAAGGUUUGCUGUAAACAUUACAGAUGCAAACACACUGAAAUAAGAACAGAGUGUGAAUUUCUUGUUGUACCAGUAAACAAAACCACCAGCAACUCCACUCUCCAAAUGAAGAACCCAGCAUCUUAUAAAUUCAACCCUUUAAUUUGAUAUAACCAUGUCACUGGCUUCACACACCACUGAGCCACACGGCACAAUAAAGUUUUUCUAUUUUCACUCUCUGGUUGACGCAGCUACGACGUGGUUUUUGCCUCGGGUCCCAAAGAGCUGCUAAAGAAGUUCCAGCAGGCCAAACACAGGGUGGUUUUCUCCUCCGAGACCCUGAUCUGGCCCGACAGACACCUGGAAGACAAACACCCCCAUGUCAGAGAGGGGAACAGGUUUCUUGGAUCAGGAGGUACGUCCAUCUGUAGUAUACAUCAGUGCUUCUCAAGGUCUCAAAGAGAGAGCAGUUUUAAUCUCAGCAGUAUCCUUUGAAUCACACUUUGUAAUCCCAGCAUGCAUUUAUUUUCCCUCUAAACACUUUAAUGUUGCUGAUGUGGCUGCAGACUGCUGCUUUAAUGAUGUGCUACAUGUUAGAGAAAAAGGAGCGUGUGUGUUCACUUUUACAGCAGAGGAACAGCAGGUCUGCGGUCUGUAGAGCUCAUUAGUCAUGGAGGAGGUUUUUUCUCUCUGUGUUCAGAUAGAUAGAAACAAAAUGACAGAGCUUAUCUGCACGAAGGAGGAAAUAAAUUAAGUUUGAUAAACACAGACUGUUUCCUCUCGGGGGUUUUCUGUCCUCAGGUUUCAUUGGCUUCCUCCCCAACAUAAAAGAGAUGGUUUCUGAUUGGACGGGGAAAGACGACGAGAGCGACCAGCUGUUCUUCACCAAGGUUUUCAUUGAUCCUGCAAAAAGAGUACGAUUUUUCAACUCUGUUUAAGUCUUCAAGUAUUGGCUGGGAUCAGAGCUGUUUGAAUCCUCCAGAGAUUAGGAUGCACUGGACCAUCUUUAAGGAAAGGAGAGAAGGAAAAAUGACCCACAUGUCUCUGCACCAUCUAUAUUUACAGUUCUUUUUACUUACAUGACAACAAACAAUCUGCAUGAGAGCAGCUGAUUUAAAACUGUUUUCAUUAAGUCAAGAUUCUGAUUCAUGUGGAUAAAUAUGAAGGAAGAGAAGGGUGAGCUGAGCGUCCUUGUCGAUCCGACAAACGUUUAACUUCACCUUCGCCUCUCAUAAAAUUCUAACUUUUAAUAGACCAGUUAAGUAUUUGAGUCAGACUGAUGUAAUUUUGAUUUUUCUGUUUUAGAAUGAAUAUUUGAUUAUAUCGUAAUAAUAUAUUGCUGCUUUUAGCAACUCAAAACUAAAAAAAAAAAAAAGGAAAUUACAAAUGUAUUAAGCACCAACUCUAAAUAAAACCUCAGCCAGCUUUUAAUAAAACAUUUUCUGACACUUCCAUUUUGAAGAUUUACAAACACUUUCAGGCUCCUGUAAAGUAAACUCAGCUCUUUCUGCACAGAUGUUUUGCAUUAAAAGUCUUCCAGUAGCACAGCAGGUAUAAACCCUCCUGUUCCUGUCAGCCUUUUAAUUUUCCACAUGUGCUGCUAGUUUACUGUAAACAGAAGCAGCAGCAGCUUAAAAUGACUGAGAUUAACCCUAAAGGUAAAGAAACAGACCUUUAUUUUGGUUCAAAAUGCAGCAAAGCACAAUUCUCACUGCUAGCUGUUAACAAACACAGUUUCUAAUGCCAAGACUUCACUCACAUUAAAUCUGAGCUUCAUCAAUGAAUAAAUCUCCUUCAAAAGCAUAAUACACAUAACAAAGAAAGUCUACUUUUAUUUAUGUUUUUGUGGAUUUUUUUGUCCCUUUUUCAAACUUUUCAGAUCAGAUUUGGGGUCUAAAACAUGUGGUUAUAUUUUAAUUAUGAAACACUGACAGUGUUGCAGUAUGGCAACAGUGGAGGAGGCAACUAGAAAGCUGAAGUGAAAUGUUUCAGACAGAGGCUAGAGUUAGGGGGUUCAAAAACUAAAAGGGUUUUUAAGCCACAAAUUAAGAAAAUAUUUUACAAGCUCUUAGAAAGACAAAACAAAGCCUGAAAAUUAGCAGGAGAACCCUUUUUUUAAAUUUGAUUUUUGACCUCAUCUCCAGCUCUAAAAAUCCACCACAGCUGCACCUUAUUUUUGGAAGAAAGAAAUUAUGACACAGUUAUUGGUUUGAUUUAUGAUACACCUUUGACACACCCGUGACUGCAGGGCCUUUAACCUGCACUUGGGCUGUUAAAGCAUCACUUAGGCAUAAAAACACAGAGAGACGAGCUAAUGAAUAAAAAAUAAAGGAUUAUUCUGCAUUUCUUUGGUGCUUGAAUUCUGUAAGGAGGUAAAGUGAUUGAAUAGGUUUAGCCUGAGUGACUUCUGUGGAGUCCAAACACUGUGCCUCUGAGAGUCAUGUCUUCAAAUUUUCAAACCCGACUCUCCUGCAGUUUUUAAAAAUUGUUUCUUCUGUGUUUCAGAAAUCCAUAAACAUCACACUGGACACUAAAUGCAGGUUGUUUCAGAACCUUCAUGGAGCCCUCGGUGAGUCGACUCUUUGCCUCAGUUUUUCACUUAAAGGAGGACGGAAAUUCCUCCAACACACUCAUUUUGUUUUACUCUGCUGCUAUGUUAGAAAUGUUAAGUGCACCCCUCUUAUAAAUAACACCUUCAGGAGAUUGUAUGUGUCCUUCCAGCAUAAAAUGUUGAGCAAACAGGAAAGGCAAGGAGCUCAUAGUCACAGUAUAACCUGAUGAAUGCUGCUGAAAACAUCCUGUGCUGUAAAUUUUCCCUCAACAUUAAAAUGUUCUGGAGGUUUUUUCAACUGUUUAAGGUACAGCAUGUCCUCCUGUUGGGAUGGAAAACCACACAAGCUACAAAUGUGUCAGAAAACACAAACAGGAAAACCUCCUUUACCUCCUUAACAUAAAUAAUGUCUGAUGCAUUAACACAGAAACGUACAGAGGAGUUAGACCUCACAGGCUGCACAGCUGACUGAUUUAAAGUCUCUGUGAUUCAGGCAGGGCGGCACGUUUAGACUUGAGCUGAACUGUCCUCGAUGUCGGCAGCAUUUUUUUUCCCUCUGAGGCCGAGGGAAGAAUUUAUGAGUUGUCUGUUAGGAGGAAGUGUCAGAGCUCAUAGAGACGACAGUGAGAGUCCAGACGAGCUCUCUGAGACCCCUUACCUCCCUCUCUCUUUUGCAGCCUCCUCUCAUUGUAGUGUUAAAGCAAAGUUGAUUAGGGUCAGCCUCCUCACCUUAGUCUCCUGAGAUUUUUCCUCCACACUGAAGCAUGAUGGGAUUAACCUGUCACAACCCCUCAGGCUGAACAUUUGACAUGAUUGUGUGUUUUCAGAUGAGGUGGUGCUUAAGUUUGAGGAUGGACGAGUUCGAGCCAGGAAUGUGCUGUAUGACACUCUGCCUGUCAUCAUUCACGGCAACGGACCAACAAAGGUAAAGACCUAAAAACCCACUGUAACCAAUCAGUGCUGACCUUAGUGGACUGAUGCACACUCAUUGCAUGAUCCAUCCUCUGACACCGGUGUUGUUUUAGUCCCCAAUCCAGACUGAGACAUGAUCAUUUUAAAGAUACAACACUUCUGUGUGUUUCACUCGUAUUAUUGAUGUUUGUUUUUGUUUUUAUAUGGGACUGGGGAUGGAAAUUAGCCGCUUGGCUAUAAUCCUAUGCAUGUACAUGUAAAUGUUCUUUAAUGCAUAUUGUCACAUUAAAAAAAAAAAACUAAAUCCUUACAAAUGUAUUUCCAGCUCCAGAUAAACUACCUGGGGAACUACAUCCCAAACACUUGGACCUUUGAGACAGGUUGCGCGGUGUGUCAGGAGGAGCUCCGCCCACUUACAGCUCUGAAGGUUUGAGCAUAAAAAGAUCAGAUUUUUAGUUUUUUGCAAGAUUUUGAUGUUUACAGGGUGUUUUUUUUAAUAUAAUUACUAUCUCCAAUCUUAGAUCAAUCUUUCUGUUUCCCCUUUAUUCAGGAGAGUGAAUACCCAAUGGUGGUGAUUGGCAUCUUCAUUCAUCAGCCGACUCCCUUCGUCACCGUGUUUUUUGAACGCCUCUUGAAGCUCCAGUAUCCAAAAGACAGACUCAAACUCUUCAUCCACAGCCAGGUAUGAUUUAGGACAAAAACUUAAUCCAGCUAACCCUGAAGUGUUUAUUCUGGACCUGUUAGAGCCAAAACAUGACCAGACCCAAAUAUAUUUAAGUACUUUGAUCAUGAAUUAACAUGAUCUUUAGACGCUUUACUCUGGAUGAGUCACAAAGAAAACUGUUUUUAGGCUACAUUCAUGAAUCACAGAAUUUUCCAUUUAUAUUUUCAUUUAAAGGCUGCUGUAGUGACAUGAGUCAUAAUUGUAGAGCCAGAGUUUAUGUUUGGAUGAUGUCUGCUGCUCUGUUUAUUUAGUCUAAUCCUCUCUUACCUGCAGGAACCUCAUCACCAGCCUCAGGUCAGCUCCUUCCUGAAGGAUCAUGGGAGUCUUUAUCAGGAUGUUAAGGUCAUUGAGCCUGAGGAGGCGGUAGACGGAGCCGAAGCACGAAACCUCGGCAUGUGAGUCCCGAAGGACCCCACAUGAGAGAAAACCUGAGAGCAGCUUAUAGAGUUUCUUCUUUAAAGUGCUCCACAAGCAAUUAUUGUCUCUGUGAUUAUUAUAAAAAAAGUCUCUUUUUCUUUUAGGGACAUGUGCCGACAGGACAAAGAAUGUGACUAUUUCUUCAGCAUGGACAUUGAAGUGGUCCUAAAGAACGAGGACGCACUGAAAAUACUCAUCGAACAAAACCUGUGAGUAAAUUCACCGACGCUAGAUCAUUGAUGAAACACCUGUUUUUGCUUUUCUAAUUAGUUAGUUCAGCGUGUUUGGCCAUGAGCAGAAACAUUAAAACUUCAUUUUUGUCCUUCAGUCUUGUCAUAGCUCCGAUGAUAACUCGGGUCGGUCGGUUGUGGAGUAACUUCUGGGGCGCUCUGAGUGCAGAGGGAUACUACGCUCGCUCUGAGGAUUACGUGGACAUCGUCCAGGGACGCAGAGUGUGAGUUAACGUUAUCCUUAAAGAGCCGUGAAGACUUUUUCUUUUCUUUCUGUUUUUCUUUUUGAAAAACUUCCUCUUUGUGUCUUAAAAAUAACCCAACAAUAAAAGGAAGGAAUUCAGCUUUACAUGUAGUGGAAGUUUGAUCAUGUGAACAUCUGUGCAGCAAAUAUUUAACAACAGCAGCUAGAGAGAACAAGAUUUGACAGUAAAUGUCAAUGAAAAUGAUUAGUGUGUCUGUAUAUCAGAUCACAGGCUGAGCUGCUUCCUUUGCUCCUCACAUUGUUUAGGUGUUAUAGUGUUGAUUGUAGACUAUAAUAUUGAAGUUAACUGAUGUUGUGUUUCAGGGGUGUGUGGAACGUCCCGUACGUGUCCAGUGUGUACCUGGUGAAAGCCAGCGUCCUGAGAUCAGAGCUCUCAGAGUUUGAGCUCUUCACCUCACAGAUCUUAGACCCUGACAUGGCGUUCUGCCACAACAUCCGCAGCAAGGUCAGGACCAGGAAAUAGUCACACUACUAAUUUAUUAUUCAUCUCUUUUUCAUAAUCUAUCAGAUUAUUGGUCCGCUUCUGUGUUACUAUGAAUUAAAAUUUCCCGUUAUGAUAUUUGACUGUUGUGUGUCUUUGUUUCAGGGAGUCUUUAUGUUUGUGACCAACAUGCACACGUUUGGUCGAAUCCUGUCCACAGAUAACUACAAGACCAACCAUCUUCACAACGAUCUGUGGCAAAUCUUUAAUAAUCCUGUGGUGAGAUUUACAUUUACUGACAAGUGUUUAUCUUUCCAUCAAAAAAUGGUCAGGGAUUAUUUUUUUGCUUUUUUUUCCCCCGCUGCUUCCUCUGCAGAAUUUUAGCCUCUUAGCAGUUCAGGGUCUUCUUUUUGGUGUCAUGAUGCUCCAAAUGUUUUCAAUGGGGGACAAGUCAGGACUGCAGGCAGACCAGUUUAUUAGCAGGACUCUUGAACUCUGAUGAUCCCCUAACCAUCAGGGAUGCUGGCUUUGAACUGAAAGCUGAGAACAAGAUGGGUUGUCCCCCCUAAACUUCUGAGCCAAAGACCCUGCAUCCAUGAUUUCCAAAAAGAAUGUCAGAUCUUAAUUUUAGCAGCUUUACACUUCAACUUAGUCCUUCUUUUUAUGAAUACACUGAUAAACUGUGUUCACAGACAAUGGUUUUUGGAAGUGAUUUUAGGCCAUGCGGGGAUUUCCACUACAGAGUCCUGUCUGUUUAUAAUGCAGUGCUACCUGACGGCCUGAAGAUCAGGACCAUCCAGUCUUGGUUUUUUGUCCUUGUCCCUUUUGUACAGAGAUCUUUCUAGAGUAUCUUUUAAUGAUAUGAUGUACUGCAGAUGAUGAACUCAUUCUUUCACAUUUCACACUCGGAGACAUUAUUCUGAAAAUUAAAAACUUUUGUUAAUCAUGAGACUUGUGCUUUUCCAAAACUGAGAAGAGUGUGUGUUUGUUUCAGGACUGGCAGGAGCGAUACAUCCAUGUAAACUACACAAACAUGAUGAAAGACAAACUCGUAGAAACUGUGAGUAUAAACAUGAGUCGACUCGCCACUCUCACAUGUUGAAACUUCACAGUUUAAAUCCUGGUGACUCUGGUUGUAAUAGAGAUGUCCUCUGUCCUCAGCCGUGUCCUGAUGUUUACUGGUUCCCCAUUUUCUCUGAUAUUGCCUGCAACCACCUGGUUGAAGAAAUGGAGAAUUUUGGGAAAUGGUCAGGAGGAGGAAACACGGUACGUAUUUAACAUCUGCAAAAGAAGCUUAAAUUUCAGCGUAUAUACGGUGAGGAAGACAUUAGAAUAUUGUGUUAUCCUCAGUUACAUCUUAAAAAAGUGUUUUAUUGCAUAUAGAGCGUUUAGUAGAAGCCAGUUCUCAUAUCCAGGGCUGCAGCAGAUGAUAGUUUUUAUUUUUCAUCUUGUGCUUAAGGACACCAGAAUCCAGGGCGGCUAUGAGAACGUCCCCACGAUUGACAUUCACAUGAACCAAAUCAACUUUGAGAAAGAGUGGCACAAGUUUCUACUGGAGUAUAUUGCACCUGUGACAGAGAAAAUGUAUCCUGGAUAUUACACAAAGGUAAGACUUCUGAGCAGCAACAGGGAGAGUUGAAAAAGCUGAUUUGUUGUGUUAGAAAUAAGACUUCUGAGCUACAAUGAAAUCUGAAUAACCGUUCUUGCUAAUCUGAGGUACAAUAUUAAACAUUUCUGUUAGGGCUGUCACAAUAUUACAGUAUUUACGGUAACAAGACUUUCAGAAUAAUGUGCAAAAAGAAACAGCUUUUAUUAACUCUGUGUAAAGUAAGAAAGUGCUUCAUAGUGGGGGGGCAGUUAUGGUUUUUCAUGCUGGUUACCAUCUUCUAUAAAAGAGGGAAAUGAAGGAGCAGCCCUCUGAAAAAGGGUUAGACACUUUAAAAACUGAUGUUCCAGAUUUAGUGUGAAUACAAAAACAACAGGAGAGCAUAUGCUUCUUUAAGAGCGUAAAGACAAUCAACAUUUAUGCUUUCUAACCAUCCUUCUAGCUGUUUUCAUUUACUACAGUAACUUAUGAUUCACAGGGGUAUUGCUUAUUACAUUUCAAAAUAAAAGCAUUUUUGCCUUUACUAGAUAGGACAACUGAAGAGAAUAAAAAAGGCUGAGAGGAGAUAGUGGGAGAAGACAUGCAGCAAAGCGUUGUAGCCAUGAACUGAAUCAGCAGCAACUGCGACAAGGACCAUUAGGCUAUCAGCACCCUGUAUGAGAUUCUUUUUACAGUGCCGUGAAUAAAGCAAACUAAAUGAAAGAUAAUCAGCAUAUCAGAGUAAAAGCAUUCAGACAAUCUUUUUAUAGGAUGGACGAUUACUUACACAUUUAAAAGUAAGAUGAGAUUUUGAGAGUUAAAGCUCCUGUGAGGAACUUUCUGUUUGUGGGUGUUUUGCUGCCCCCGGGUGUACGAAGCUGUUCUUGCUUAUUUUGUCCUUCACAUGCUUCAGAAGUGUCAUCUGACCAAAAAACUCACCCCACUGACCUUUUGACAGUCAGAUGCACCGUAAAAACAGACUGUUCCUUCAGCUGCUUGGCUAAAAAAUGUUUGAUUUUCUGAACUUCUGUUGUAGUUUUAUGAGGAGAUGUCUCUCUAAAGAAGUCUGUGUUAUGGGUCGGGUGAUUCGAACGAAACUUUGAACAUCUUUAGAAACGGGCAAUGAGGAGAAAGGACAUCAGGCAUGUUUAUUAGGAAAGUUUAUGAAAGGUUAUUAUGUAUCACGUCACAGUUGUCUUAUAUUUCUAUUUGACUGAUUCUGUCAUUUUCUAAGUUUUGCAUAUGUAUUGUGAUAAUAGAGAACUUUCUGGCAAAGAUAAUCAUGACAUAAAAAUGUAAUAUAGUGACAGCUCUAUUUCCAAUAAUAUUGAUACUUGUUGUUAUCUAAAUCUCCUUGUUUCUCAUGUUUGCAGCUCUUUCCUUUUUUCACAGAUUGACUUUUCUUGAGUGCUUUUUCUACAUUUACAGGGGUGCAGCAGCUUCUUACAAACCAGCACAUCUGGAGUUAUUUUAGAUGCAGAAGUAAAAGAUUUUAUUCUUGAGAUGGUGGUGCAAAAAUGUCAAGUUUAACAGCUGAUCAGAGACUGACUGUAUGUAAGACUGAUACUCUGAAAAGAAAACAGAUUGAGUGUGUGAUAGAAGCUUUUGAUCUAGAGUAUAAUAUAAAAUAUGAAUCAAACAACAUUAAAAGCCCAAAAACUGAAUAAGGAAAGCUUAAAAGAAGCUGUUUCUUUUUAAACUAACAGUUAAGUCGCCCCCUGCUGGCUGUUCAAAAGAAUACAGGCUUUAUUCGGCUACUCUCACUUCUUAUAUACAGCCUGUUUUAUGAAAAAUUGCGCUGUUUUACUUUUAAUUAUUGUUAAAUGAAGCAGAAACCUGCAGUUGGGAUAUGAGGUGUUAUCUCAGACCACCUGGACAUUGAAAGAAUAAACAAAUGGAUGUAAAGAUAAAGAUAAUCUCACAGUAGCAGCGGCGGCCCCCUCCCUGGUUUUCCUGCUGCUCCCUGUUUGCUCCUCUGACCAUCAUGUCUUCUCUCAUCAGUGUUCGACUCCUCUGAAUUUUGUGGUGAGGUACAAACCUGACGAGCAGCCGCUGCUCGAGCCUCACCACGACGCCUCCACAUUCACUAUUAACAUUGCUCUCAACAGGAAAGGCGUUGACUACCAGGUAAAUGUGGAGGUGAUAGGCUGACGGAGAUGAUGGUAUUAAUGAUGAUGAUGAUGAUGCAGGUGAUCUUCACUCCUCUCUCUGCUUCUCUGCUCCGUCUCUGGAUGAACUGAAUGCUGGAGCGGGAUCGAGCUUUUCUCUAUGAGCAGGAUCUGUGAGGGCGUUCGUGUGAACACACUCUCUGUGUCUCAGUGCAGUUUCUGUGCGAAUGCUUGCAUGACUCCUUUCUGUCUGUGUUUGCAGGCUCAGUUUGACUUGGCCUUUGUAGUUAGAUAUAAGCCAGAUGAGCAGCCCUUUUUGAGACCGCACCAUGACGCCUCCACAUUCACUAUAAACAUUGCACUCAAUCAAGUGGGACCUGAUUACCAGGUGAGUGUUUGUAGACAUUUCAAACAGGUAGACUUUGAUUACCACAUCCUACAGGAACACGAAGGCUUUGUUCAGACUGCAGGUCCCUUUAUGGCAGACACACAGUUUCAUUAGAGAGUGAACAGAGUAGAUAUAAGUGUCCAGACUUCACUGCCUGUCUGCAGGGGUUGUCAUUGUACCUGCAAGUAUUUGUUAAAUGCAGAUGCUUAAGGCUUGGUGUAACCCACAGACUAUCUGACUGUUAAGCUGCUCGGCAAAACUCACUUCUCGGCUCUGUUAUCAGUUGGUGAACAGCAGGAAAAUGUUGAAAAGCUCCUGUUUGAUGCACAACCAAGAGGGCGACGACCUGAGACCUGAAGACUAAGUCUGCAUGGUGUCUGACUCAAACUAUUGAGUCUUUUAAAAGACAAUAAAACAAGGUUUUUGCAGGAAGAUUGAGAAAACUGUACAAUCCUGCUUAUUAUAUUUCUCAACAAUUUUCAGAGGUUGAUGCUAAACUUAGGUCAGGCUUGGUUCUGAUUUGUUUGUUUAUCAAAUAUCUCCAUCAAAUGGAUGUAAAUGAGCCGAUUCCUCUAAGAAAGACCAGGCUAAGAAAGAGAGAAACAGUGAAAAACUGACAGUAAUGAGUUUAUAACUGAACUCUUCCCAGACAGAUUUGGAUAUGACUAAAACGAGAUUUGAACUUGCAGUCUGAACAAAGCUGUUAUCCCAUUUCUCAUGAAGCUGAAAAUCUACUUUAAAAUGUACAUUUUGAUGUUAAAACAGCUCUUAGCUUUGAGGAAGCAUGAUGCUGCCAUGAGAGUCAUAUCAUUGAAAAUGGAUGCCAUCAUAUCUCUGGCAUGUACAAACUCAUCCGUGGUGUUUCAAACUUUCUAUUUGUGUCAUCUCUUUGUUUGUGAGUCUGUCAUCUUUGCAUGACACAUGAAUCUGAAGCUGAGGAAUCCUUUUUUUUUAAAUGUUGCGUCUAUGUUUUUCCCUGCAUCUGUAAUGAAGUGGACUAAUCAGAGGAUAGACCAAAACUAGAACUGGUUUGAGUUAUAUUGUCCAUUUAAUGAAAAAAAAAAAGACUUCUUCAGUUACUUUUAUUUAAAGCAGUGUUUGAUUUUCAGGGUUUUGUCCUCAAUAACUUAGUUUUAUGAGCAGCUGAGUAUUUUUACAUACCACAUGAUAUCCUUCUAGUUUUCCAGAUAAGUCUCUAAAGCUACAAAUCUUGGGGACUGGUUUACAUUGGCAGCCUUUUUUCCACUGCAGGACCUUCACAGCCUUUGAGUCAUGGUUUCUUUAGAAAGACUCUUUUAAAGCUUUGGCAGUCAGAAUAGUAAUAACACCUGUAAAAACAAAAAACUCACUGGACUUUAUCAUAGAUGACUGUUGCAACAGAUUUCAGGAGAGCUAGGACACAGUGCGAAGUGUUGAUAAAUACUUUGAAGGUUUUGAGUCAAUCAAAUAAUCCAAAGCCUAUAUUUAAUUGGAAAUAGUGCAAAGGGAACAUAUCAAAUGUUGAAACUGAAAUGUUUGUAUUGUUUUGUUAAAAAUGUACAGAUAGUAGAAAAGAGAAUUAGGGUGACAAGAAGAGAAAAAAUAAUUACAGGAGGGAGAUUUUUUUCAGUUUGAGAUUAAAGUCGAAAUUUCGAGGUUAAAGUUGAAAUUUUAAAAAGUCGAAAUUUUGACUUCACUCAUUUCAACUUCAAUCUCGAAAUUUUUGACUUUAAUCUCAAAAUUUUAAUUAUUUUGAAUCCCUUAUUUCGACAUUAUUCACGACAAUUUGACAUUUUGUAAUUUCAAAAUUUUGACUUUAAUCUUGAAAUUACCAUUUUUAAUCUCAACAUUUUUAUUUUUUUAACUUCAAAAUUUCAACAUUAUUUAUGACAUUUCAACAUUUUGUAAACUUGAAAUUUUGACUUUAAUAUUGACAUUUCAUUUUUUAAUCUCGAAAUUUUGACUUUAUUGACGUAAUUUCGAUUUUUUUAAUCUCUAAAUUUCGAUUUUAGUCUUGAGAUCUCCUUCCUGUAAUUAUUUUUUUCUCUUUGUGUGGCCCUAAUCCUCUUUUGUUGUAUAUUGAUGUUGAAUUAAACACAGCAACAUUUUUCAAGAAGUAUAGUACAGGGAGACAAUGAAGCAGACAAAAAGUGUCAUGUUAAAAAAGAAAGAAAGAAAGAAAGAAAGUUACAGCCGGAGGAACAUCUGCUAAUUACUGAAGUUAUUGUCCAACAGGUUAGUAACAUGACUUGGUAUAAAAAGGACAUUCAGAGAGCUGAAGAAUAUGCUGAACAAUAUCUACAGGUCAUCUGCUGCCAUCCAGAUGAGGACUUUAUCAGGAAAGACCUUCAUAUUUCAGCAAGACAAUGACAAAUCAGGCUUAUCUUUUUGUCUGUAGGGUUUUCAAAAUAGGGGAUGAGAUAAAGUUUCAUUUGAUGACUUCAUAACCCCUGAAAGAGGACUCCAAUUAAAGUUUGAGAAAAAAGUUUGCUCCUGCAGUGGAAAACAAAGUGAUCCUAAAUGAAGUUGUCAGUGAAACUCACCUGUGUGGUAGAUCUUCAGUUAACCAAUGAUGUGUUAUGGCUGCAGGGAGGAGGAUGCAGGUUCCUCCGCUAUGACUGCUCCAUCUCUGCUCCUCGUAAAGGAUGGGCCCUCAUGCACCCGGGCCGCCUCACCCACUACCACGAAGGCCUGCCCACCACCGGCGGCGUCCGCUACAUCGCAGUGUCCUUUGUGGACCCAUGAGCUCACACAGACAGACCACAUCACUGACAAGUCCAGACUGAACAGGACCUACACAGACCACACCAAGCAGCAUAACCAACCCCUGAACUCAGAUGUGGAGUGGUGACCCAUUUCUCUGAUAAUUGGACUCUAUUGAUGCUCAGAAUUAAGUUUCAGGCAAAAGUCUCUGAAUGUUACAGCUAUUUUAAACAAAGAAAACAUUUAUAUUUGUUCACACAUGGAAUCUCUAAACAAUUCAGCUUUUCACGGUUUCCUCAGCAAUCAAGCGGUCUUUGGCCGCCCAGGUAUCUGAGAAAUAAAACCCCUUUAGUUCUAGCUGUUUUCACAGAUACUCUUUGUUGCUGGUUUUGAAUCCACCUGUUUGGUCUGGAGAGUGUGAUGUGUGUUUGAUCCUGUUGUGCCUUGAGCUGGACUUCUCUCAGGAAAUCAUCAGGAGUUCAGAGUAGACUUUUUAAAAGGACAUAUUUGUGAAAAGACUUUUUUACUCUUCAGUUACACGAACGUAACAUUUUUAUUUCUGUGCCCAAAGUGGUUUUUCUCUCAUGCUUUUAGACUUCAACACUCCAAAUACUCUGUUAUUUAUUUUUUGUGUUUUAUGUGAUAAAACCAAAACUUCUUGAGAUAGUUUUUUAGAUUGAGACAUUUUUACUCUGAGAUUUCAUAUUGGAAUCAGAGCUAACCUUUUCUUCACUGCUCACUGAUGUUUGUCAUUUUCUAUAAGAGCUUCAUCCUUGCAGUUUUUAUUUAGUUACAAGCCGUCACUGUGCUUUAAACACAACUCAAAUAAAACAGUAAAACCAACUCAAGUGUA